AUGGAAGGCGCGCAGGAUGCUUCUCAGGUAGAUCAGCAGCCCGAUUCGAAAGAGGAUGUCACUCAACAACAACCGGAGCAAUCACUAGAAGAAAUAGCGCAGAAAGAUCAACAAACACAGCAACAACAGGCACAACAGGAACGGGUCCAACAACAGAAGCCACAAAAGCAAGAUCUUCAGCAACAGUAUCACUACCAACAUCACCAGCAUCAUCAACAGUCACGGACACAACCUGAGAAAAGUAUACCAUUAUCUUCUCAGUCUCCUUUGGGACCUAUCCGCGCUUCUCUUCCACCUGGCUGGACUGAACACCGAGCUCCAAAUGGGCUCUUUUACUAUUACAAUGCAGCAACGGGACAGAGCACCUGGGAAAGACCUAUUACUGUAUUUCCUCCACCUCCACCAAUAUUAGGAGGGCCCCCUAUGGGACCGCCUCCAAUAGGACUCCUACCUCCAGGAUUCAAUCUCUCACCAUUUCAAUCCAUGUCCGGCGUCAUGCCUAUGCCCGUGCAGCAAUCUCAUUUACAUCCCGUUCAAGGUUUUGUUCAACCAACAAAUCAGCAGGCUUAUGUCAGGAAGGACAAAAAAAAGGAGAAGAAGAAAGAAAAGGCUAGAGGAAAGAAUGUAUCUAUACGUCAGAUACCCGGUACAAGUUGGUAUAUCGUGUCUACUACAGAAGGCAACGAAUUCUACUACAAUUCAGAUACCAAGCAGUCUGUAUGGGAACCUCCUGAAGAAAUAAAAGAGCCAUUGAAAAUCUUCAAAGAACAGGAAAGAUUGGCUGAGGAAGCUGAUAAUAAAGCAAGUGAUUCUGCCAACACUAAAAGAAAAGUAGAUGAUAGUGGAGACAGAAGUAGUGAAGAAAUGAACAAAAGACAUAGGAGUAGUGAUGAGGAAGGAUUUGAGGGUACAGAGUUGACAGAGGACGAUAUUGCAUUUCAACUUCAAUUUGCAGAAGAGCAAGAGCAACAGUCAUUGCUCAAUGAAGGUGCAUAUAUACAAAAUGUUGGAAGUGGUAGCACAAGUGCAAAUAAUGAAAAUACAGCAAAGAAUGAUAAUCAGAACCUCAGGGAAGCUGAAUUAACAAACGAAGAGAGAUCAAUCCUGUUCAAGAGUUUGUUAAGGGAUAUGAAUGUUUCGCCAUUUGCCGUUUGGGAAAAGGAACUACCAAGGAUUAUACAUGAUCCGAGAUACACAUUGAUCGCAACUUUGAAGCAAAGAAAGGAAUUAUUUGACGAAUAUUGCAAAGAAAGAGUUGUUGAACUAAGAGAGGAAAAGAAGAACAAAGCCAAAAAUCAGCCGCCUAAGGAGGAGUAUGAGCUACUCUUGAAGGAAGAAGUCACUCACCGGUCACACUGGGAUGAGUUCAAGUGGAAAUUCAAACGAGAUCCAAGAUUCAAAAAUUUUUCUGACGAUAAGGCGAGGGAAAGGAUGUUUCGUGAUUAUGUAAAAGAAUUAAAAGCUAGAGAAUCCGAGCGUAGACGAGCUCAACAGAAAAAGGCAGAGGAAAAGUUUGUGGAGCUGUUGCGGGAGACGAGAGAAAUUAAAUCUGAUUCAAGCUGGCGGAAAAUCAAGCGCUUAAUCGAUGAUGACCCUAGAUAUGAUGCUAUAGACUCUUCAAAAAUAAAGUCGAAGCAAUCGGUUUAUUUUGGUGACUAUCUUAUUCACCUUAUCUUUCAUAUUAGGGAGGAGGCCAGUCUGAGGGACCGAGAAGCAAAGGUGCGUAAAGAGAUGAGGCGUCGCAACAGAGAUAAGGAAUAUGCUAUGAAAAGCGCAAUGCGAGAAGAAGCUGUGCGUACUUUCCAAACAUUGUUGAUAGAUCUAGUGAGGACGCAUGAGGCUAAGUGGGAGGAUAAGAGACCAGAUUUGGAGCGAGAUUCGAGAUUUCACAGUGAAGCUCUUUCCCUUGAUGACAAGUUAAAACUCUACGACGAGCAUAUCAACGAUCUUAAACUAAAAAGACUGAAACAAUUCCAUGAGCUUCUCGAUAAGCAUGUAAAAUUAGAUACAACAUGGAUUGAGCUUUUGCCGAUUGUUAAAGAGGAUCCGCGAGCAGUAAGACUCUCCAAAAAUGAAUCAGUAUUAGAAGAGUACUUUGAUGCCUAUUUAGAGGCAAGAAUUAACAAGGCAAAAGAAGAAUCUAAAGAAUUGUCGAAGGAAAUAAGUUUAUAA